AUGAUCGGAACCGUGGAGAUGGAUGGUGGGUGCGGCUGUGGAGGCAAUGAUUACGAGGUUUGUGUCGUGAAGGAGAAGUUUAUGGGAAGAGCCACGAGCUUGGAGGGAGGAGGGAAAGGAACAACAACGAUGGGAUUCAUCUAUGAUUUGGUCGUGUGGAUUGCUGAUGAGUGGCCUGAGGUUACAUUUUGGGCUGAUUUAGGUCUUCCAUCCGCUCCCUUCUCUAAUGACUCGGUGGAUGGUGAUGAGCAUGGUGAGCAUGAUUCUGUCACCGGCUCUGGUGCGGAACAGGAGGAAGAAUGGGAAAACGAAGAGGCGGUAACUGGGCCUUUCAGAAUUCUCGUCAUGCAUUCGCAGAGCUGUUACUCGAAGCGCGGGGACAAGUUUAAGCCUAGCGGAUUAAUGAUUCGUGGGUUUGAUGAGGAUGCUAUUGAGUUGCAGACGUGA